AUGAGUGAAGGAGAUAAUUGGAAAAGCAAAGCAGCCUAUUAUAUAAAUGACUUCGGUGAAGGAACAACUCUUCAUGGCAUAAGAUACAUUAUCAACAAAAAGUUUCAUCCAUCAGAGCGAUUAUUUUGGUUGGCGAUUGUGGUUCUUGCUACGUAUGGUGCUACAGCAUUGAUAUACAAUAGUUGGUACAGAUACUCUUCAAACCCGACUGUCAUAUCUUUAGAAAAAGAUUUCAGAGAUUGGAAUCUGCUAUUUCCUGCCGCGACUGUCUGUUUCCAAGAAAGAUUAAAUGAAAGUGCAGCAACAGAAAUUCUCACAGAGAGAUGGAAUGUUGAUAACAGUUCUAAGGAAAUGAAUUUAUACAUGAAUUUCCUCAACAGUGUUGUAAACAUAAGUUAUGAAAAUCUUGAUGAAUUUCAAGAUUAUGUGCAAGAUCCAGUAUUAGCCAAAAUUUCUGGAGAAGAAAUGGCUGAAAUAGCUCGAAAGGUAAUGGUGGAAAUGGAAUACCAUGCUACAAUAUUUAACUCAGCUUACAAACACCUUAUAUUUCAUGAAGUAUUAACUGAAAUGGGGAUUUGCUAUACUUAUAGUGGAUUAGUUGCUAAUUAUAUAUCAUUAAUAGAUAACCCACGGCCCAAAAAACACUCACUACCAACCUGCAAUUAUUUGAAUUCUUUGUGUUAUGCCAGAAUAGAAGAUUUGCCCACAGCAAUUCGGUACUAUGUACAUGCGCCAACUGAAAUUCCAGAUUCAUCCAACAAGUAUUUUCUUGUAUCUAGAAAUAUGGAAAGAGAUACGAGUUUCAGGUUUCAAGAAACUGUGGCCUCAAAAGACUUACGAAGACUUGAUCCUAAGCAGAGGCAGUGCAGAUUUUACAAUGAGCCCCUUGAAAAGAGCGAUGAUGAAAUAUACAGCUAUAAUUAUUGUAGAAUGAAAUGUCGAAAAAGCAUGGCUUUUGAAUAUUGCGGUUGUGCUCCUUAUUUUUAUAAGAAAGAAGAAGGAAUACCUGUUUGUAAUGUGGAAGGCCUUGCUUGCUUGGCAAAAUAUGCCAAAAAUCUAAUUAGAAUGCAAGACAAAAACGGAAAAGGAAAGAAAUGUGACUGUGCUUUUCUUUGUGAAACAACAGACUUUUAUAUUGAUAAGAAUGCAGUAAGGAAAUGGACUUAUCCUGUUCCUUGCAAUAUCAGAUUCCGAUGGGCAAUAGAACAUUACAGCAAGACAAGACUUAAACGAGAUAUUAUUUUUGGAUUAGAGGAUUUAUUAGUAUCACUUGGUGGCACGGCUGCUCUAUUCUUGGGCAGCAGCGUUCUCUCGUUCGUUGAAGUGAUCUACUAUCUCACACUUAGAUUGUUUUGGUUUUUAGUGAGUUCUAACAAAAAACAAAAAAAGGAUACAUAA